CACCUCCCGGGUGAGAGGGGAGAAGGAGGAGCGUUGGAAGCGGGGGGGGGAAGAGGCUGAUCGUCCGUUUCGCCGUCGAUUCGAUGCCGCUUUCUGACGGGAGCUCCGGCCUGCGGCGGUGGUGAGACUGUCGUCGGGGAUUGUGUUGACAGGAGGGAGGCCGACCCACCGGACGGUGCGCCAUGUCGGUGGCGGAGGAGGCGCCGCUGAUCGGGCCCGCGCUGCCCCCCGGGUACAGGCCGGUGAACAGUCGAGCGCAACGGGCCGAGUAUCCGCGGCGCCCCGUAGCGACCAUCGACCAGACAGUUGCAGGACCGGCAUUACCGCCAGGAUUUCGGUCAAGCAAAGGUUCAGACAGUUCGAGUGACGAUGAGACAACAGGCCGCUGUGUUGAUGAGAGGCGAGAAAACUCACCGCCGGCGUCGCGGAGACCCGACACCUCUCCUGUGGAGGAGUGCAACAGGACGUCAGGAGACAGCAAGCAGAUUGUUAUUCCCCAGGAAGAAGAUGAAGAUGAUGGAUUUUUUGGUCCUGUUCUGCCCCCAGGUUUUCCAAAACGAGAUCAAUCACCUGAAAGGCCUUUUAUAGGUCCUGCACUACCACCUGGGUUCACUCAGUCAGAAAAAGAGAGAGAACCUGCUGUACCCUCAAGCGUGCACACUGAAGAAGACAGUGAUGAGGAGGCCCUCAUCGGUCCAAUGCCCUCGAUAGGCGCCGCCGAAGGCAAUGUGGCAGCAGAUAUUGAACGCAGGGCGAGCAGAAUGAAAGAAAAGUUGGCCUCUGGCGACAUGGAUGAUGCCCAGAAACAGGUCAGAGAGUCGUGGAUGGUGGAGCUUCCACCAGUUUUACAGAACAUAGGCCUGGGUGCAAGAACAUUCAAGAGGCGUGCGAAUGGAGAGUCAUCCGACCGUUCCCUAUGGACAGACACUCCUGCUGACAGGGAAAGGAAAGCUCAGGAAAUGUUAAAAGCCAAACACUCACCAACCAAGGAAUCUGAGCGCCCCGGUCUGUCUGAAAGAGAUAAACGGAUGGCCAAGGAGGUAGCAUCAUACAAUGAGUCGAGGCGGUCGGAGUCUCUUCUCGAUAUGCACAGCAAGAAGUUGAAGAGGAAAGCGGAGGAUGAGAAGGAUCGCCCCCAGCAGCGAAGGGCUUUUGAUCGUGAACAGGAUUUGCAGGUUCACCGGUUUGACGAGGCCCAGCAGAAAGCCUUGAUUAAGAAGUCAAAGGAGCUGAACACCAGAUUUUCACAUGGAAAAAACAACAUGUUUCUGUAAAAAAAAUUAAGAAAAUCUAUUUUACUGGCAAAUUGCAGACUUAAAGUGCCUGCAGUCAGUCUAUGUUUAACUCUGCUGUAAUAUUUCUGUAUUGUAACUACAAUGGUUCAAACCAAUGUGUUGUAUGAAUUGCAGGUCUCUUAUAAAAUAUUCUACGUUUAA